GUUGUCUGGUUUUGGCGUUUCGCGCAAUGCUGCGGCCGGGAGACCCGGAGCUGACCCAGAGACACUUGAAUUAACUUUAGCAGAAGAGAAAUGGAGGAGCCAUAGAACAUUAAGGAUGAAUUCAGGAAGACCCGAGACCAUGGAGAACUUGCCUGCUCUCUACACUAUUUUCCAAGGAGAGGUUGCUAUGGUUACAGACUAUGGAGCCUUCAUCAAAAUCCCUGGCUGUCGGAAGCAAGGUCUGGUCCAUCGAACUCACAUGUCAUCCUGUCGUGUGGAUAAGCCCUCUGAGAUAGUGGAUGUUGGAGACAAAGUGUGGGUGAAGCUUAUUGGCCGGGAGAUGAAAAAUGAUAGGAUAAAAGUAUCCCUAUCCAUGAAAGUCAUCAACCAAGGAACUGGGAAAGACCUUGACCCCAACAACGUUAUCAUUGAGCAAGAAGAAAGGCGGCGGCGGUCCUUCCAGGAUUACACUGGGCAGAAGAUCACCCUCGAGGCUGUCCUGAACACCACCUGCAAGAAGUGUGGCUGUAAAGGCCACUUUGCAAAGGAUUGUUUUAUGCAACCAGGAGGGACCAAGUAUUCUCUGAUACUGGAUGAGGAAGAGGAGAAGGAAGAGGCAAAGUCAGCAGAGUUUGAGAAGCCUGACCCCACAAGGAAUUCUAGAAAAAGAAAGAAGGAAAAGAAGAAAAAAAAACAUAGAGACAGGAAGUCGUCUGACUCUGACAGCUCAGACUCUGAGAGUGACACAGGCAAGAGGGCAAGGCACAUAUCAAAAGACAGCAAGGCAGCAAAGAAGAAGAAGAAGAAGAAGCACAAGAAGAAACACAAGGAGUGAGAGUGGAAAGAGUAGAGGGGGUGGUGAGAGGAGGAGGAACCAGGAGCCUUGUGCCUUGAAGCCCUGGCUCCGGGAAAGACUCAGUAUUGUGAAUAUGGCCUCCCACCCCACUGACUUUUCACCCGCGGGAGAUGGCUUCCCCUUA